GUGGAAGUUUUUUCCCCUCUUUCCACGUUCAGUAAUCUGACACCCAGAGGGACUGAGUGAGCAGAAGGAUGGACUCUUAACUCUGCUGGAAGAACGGAAGGAGCAGUCAUCCAAAAAGCUCCAGCGAGAGCAGAAGAGAAGAGAAAACGCUGUGCGCAACAAACAAACCCCGUGGCAGCAGCAGCAGCAGCAGCAGCGGAGGAGAGAGAGACACACAGAGAGAGAGAGACACACACAGAGAGAGAGACAGAGAGCGAGAUAGAGCUGUCUCCAAAGAACAACAAGCUGCUGUUCGCCUCAAAUGAUCUCAAGGAGACAAGUUUCACUUUCCACGGGCGGAUGGGUGACUUUCCACGGCGCUUUGUGAGGAGGAGAUGAUGAAGAAUUUCAGCAGCAGCAACAACCAGACUCCGAACCACGUCCGAGAGCGAGAGCGAAACAACAGAAAGCACAGCUUACUCUCCAGCAUACCGCUGCGUUUCUCCCUGCGAGGUUAUGGUUUCUGCAUGGCUACACUCUUCCUCUUCUGUUUCGGCUCUCUUUUUUACCAGCUGAACGGAGGACCUCCUAAAAUCCUGCUGGACAUCCGACAAUAUCUGGGUGAAUCUACAUAUCUGGAUGACCACGGACCCCCUGCUCCUCGAGUCCUCCCAUUCCCCAGCCAGGUGGUUUAUAACCGUGUGGGGAAGUGCGGCAGCCGGACAGUGGUCAUCUUACUGCGGUUACUGGCUGAGAAGCACCAGUUCAACCUCGUCUCCUCUGACAUCCACAAUAAAACACGCCUCACGAAACAUGAACAGGUUGAUCUCAUGAAGAACAUCAGUAAUAUCCCUCAGCCGUUCCUCUACACGCGACACGUUCACUUCCUGAACUUCACCAGGUUCAGAAUAGAGCAGCCCGUCUAUAUCAACAUAAUCCGGGAUCCCAUCAACCGGUUCCUGUCCAACUACUUCUUCCGUCGCUUUGGGGACUGGCGGGGAGAGCAGAACCACCUCAUCCGCACUCCAGGGAUGAAAGACGACGAGAGAUACCUGGAUAUCAACGUGUGCAUUCUAGAGAAUUACCCCGAGUGCUCCAACCCCCGGGUUUUCUACAUCAUUCCCUACUUCUGUGGACAGCAUCCUCAAUGCAGGGAGCCUGGAGUCUGGGCUCUGGAGCGAGCCAAGCAGAAUGUGCUGGAGAACUAUCUUAUUGUUGGUAUCCUGGAGGAGCUGGAGGAUGUUCUCCUCCUGCUGGAGAGGCUCUUACCUCAUUACUUUACAGGGGUACUUAACAUUUACAGGAGCCCGGACUACAGGAAGAUGGGAAACAUGACAGGCACAGUACGGAAACAAACGCCCACCCUGGAGGCCCUGCAGGUGCUGUACCACCGCAUGCGCUACGAGUACGAGUUCUACAACUUUAUCCGUGACCAGUUCCACCUCAUGAAGAAAAAAAUUGGCCUCAAGUCUAUCUCAAAAACCCCCGCCUACUCACCUUCUUUCCUCCGGGAGCUUGCCCUCCGAACCCCAGAGCCUCUGGAUGAAGAUGAGGAGCUGGACACGGACCUUGAGGACGCCAACAGCUGGCUGGUCCAUUCAUAAGUGCUGUUCUGUGACCAGUGGAUGUGGUCAAAAAAAAAAGCUGAUUGGCUAGAAAUAGCUAGAGACAGCCAGAGGCAGCCUGAAGACAAAGGGGAGUGUUCCCCGUCUUUCAGCAUUUCCAAGAAAAGUAAGGAGUGUUAAGAGGUGUGAGGAUCAUGGUGCUUGUGUUUCUACGACCUCUGUUUUCCAUCUCCUAUCAUGAAAGGCUCAGCACUGAGGACUAUAGGGUCCAAUUAUUGGAAGGACAAAAACGCUGUAUUUAAAAUUGACCUAGAACAAUGGGAAAUAACGUUGAGCUCAUUCUGCUUGACUCAAAUUUUGCUUUAUUUUAUUCUAUUUUAUUGGUCUGUUUACAUAAGAAAUAAAGGAAAAAUAAACUAUCAUUGCUGUAAUCUCCAGGAGAGAUCGGCACAAGAUGUAGACAGAUAAACGUGCUGGGGAAUAUUUUAAAUGUUGGUCACUGAGAUGUUUUCAGUGUGAGUGGACUUCAGAGACUUUGCCCAAGAAAGAAGAUCAUACUUAAUGACAGGAGAAAUUUCCUAGCUGGAAUGGAAAUUGUAUCCAUGAAUAAAAAGUGCCAAAAGUCUUAUAUGUAUAUUAGUCACCAGAACUGUGCCAAACCUUGCUAAGAGUGCCGGAAAUUGAGGAACCUCUGUGUGCAUCAGCAAUGUGACACUGUCAAGUCACUUGUUACAGUAUUGAUUUAUAACAUUAUUUUAAUUUGUAAAAUAUUAUUAGGUAUAAAUGAGGGUUAAACAGUGAGCACUCAAUUACGAAUUCAGAGAAUUCCAUCUGUGUGUGCAUGAAUGAUUGAGUUUCAGUUUCAGCAGUCUACUUUAGCAUAGUUUUAUCACGUGGGACAUGACAUUAGUUGAAAAUAUCGUCUAAUAUAAAUAUAAGACUACAAAAAAAAGCAUUUAUGGAGUAUUGUUGGUUUAACCCAAAGUUUGAAAGAUUGAGCUUGCCAAAUAGCAGUAUUUAUACUGUGAUGCGUUACAAAACUGUAUGAAUAUACUGCACUUUUUUGUGAGGUGACCUUUCCUGUAACUACAGCAAAAAAAAGAGGGAUUUGGUCACAAAACUGAUUACUAAUUUGCCUUUAAUUCCAAAUAAGAUUGUGCUACUUUUAAACAUUUAUUUUGGUCUGUUUUUGUCUCUCAUCGCCAUCAACAGCAGCAGCUCGUCAGAAUGCAUGAUUCUUCAUCAAAAAUUAUGCAAAGAACAGUAACCAUAAGCUAAUAUCUGAUAGUCGUCUACAUAUUUCACUUUACCAUCCUAAUCAACAUUGUCUGUACAUUUCUCAUUGUGAUUGUGUCUCUUUCUUUUGCCCGUUUAAUUUAUUAUGUUGUAUUCAUUUGCAUUCCAGAUAAGAUUCUCAGGAAGAAAGGAAGAAAAAAAAAGUUUCAUAACUUGUAUCUUUGGCCUCUGGUGGAUAUGAACCUAACUCUUGGCAUCUUAAGGGCAUCUCGAAUGUGUUUAUGUCGACAGCUGAAAACUGGUUCACAACUAAUGCAGUCAGUCAUUUUACAGCCUUCAAAAUAAAUGUCCUCUCUAACCAUUGCA